UGGAUGCGUUGAAUCGCGCAUGAUAUCCUUAGCAGAAUGUGGCCGAUUAAAGAAACGACAUCGUGAUUCUUCAGAAAAUUGUUGUAAAUCAGUGGAGCAGAUCAUUGAUGAUCGAGAAACAAAUACAGGCAAUUCUUAUGAUGUAAAAAAUGUUGAGAUCAAAGAAAAAAAAGAUGCAAGAAUGCCUAAAAAACAACGACCGCAUUCAGAAAUCGGAUCAUCUAAUUUUAAUAAUUCUUCAAUUGAUCACGAAAUCCAAACAACAAUUAUUCAUGACGAUAACAAUAAUGCAAGAACGAUCACAUUACAACAUAAACAUGAACAUGAAAUUCCAGAUACAGAUAAAAAUCAGGAAAGAGGAACUUCUUCACGAAACAAUCCUAGAAUAGAUGGUCGGGAGGUUGAAGUAGAUGAUGACGAUGAAUUUUAUCAGGAAUUUCCUCCAGGUUAUUAUCAUGUUGUCAAUAUUACAGAUUGUGAUCCACAAACUUUCUCUCGGAUAUACAAAGAAUUGGCGAUAUCCAAUGUGGCAGAAGUACUGUUCAGUUUAGGUCAUCAAUGGAUGGAUUUAAAAAGAGUGUGUAUGGAUUACAUUUUAAAACACUUUACAGCAAUCAGAGAUACAGAAGGAUUUAAUAGAGUAUUCGAUCAUCCUGAAAAGUAUUCCGGAUUCAGCGAAAUUGCCAGGGAACUUUUCAGAAGAUUAAAAACUUCUGAAGAAAAAGAACUAUAA